AUGUCUCUGAUCUCACAGUUGAGAUCUUACCUGCUGCGAAUACUUCACAGCUUCACGCACAAUACCCCAAACCCUCCAGAGGGCCCUGCGGAUGAGCGCGAGUCUCCAAGCUGCCGUUUUCCAUUGGAUGAUGACAGUUCAGACGCAUUAACCCUACCGGAUGGACGGAAACUCGGUUAUGCGCAGUAUGGCUCGCGGACGGGGAAGCCCAUCUUCUACUUGCAUGGUCUCCCCGGAGCCCGCACCGAAGCCGCAUGCUUUGAAGAUCUAGCUAUCGAGCUGGAUGCCCGCAUUAUUGCUACGGAUAGGCCUGGUGUGGGCUGGAGCUCGCCUCAUCCGGAUCGAUCCCUGCUUGACCAUCCAAAGGACCUGGAAGAACUUGCGAAACAUCUCCAACUAGAAGAAUAUGGAGUGCUGGUAGGAACAGCCAACAUCACUUUCUACUCGAAAGAUACCGGAAUAUCAGGGGGUGGACCAUAUGCACUCGCCUGCGCAGCAUCACUACCCGCUGAAAGCCUCAAAUGUGUCUCUAUCGUCUGCGGCCUCGGCCCUCCGGACAUUGGCAUGAAAGGCGCAUGCUGGGCAAACUGGCUUGGAUUCACCUUUGGGUACCGCUACUUCCCCACUGCUACCGGAUGGUAUCUCAAACGCCAACUGGCAGCACAUCUGGACUUGAGUGACGAGCAACGUUUCCAGCGUCUACGACAGGAAGUGCUAAGGGACAAGUCCAUGCAUGAAAAGGACCGCGAGAUCAUGAAUGAUGAAAGUACUCUGCGGUUAUUCUUGCGGACGAGUCGGCAAAGCUUUUCCCAGGGAGCUGAUGCAGUGGUUCAGGAUGGCCAGCUGAUGUGCAAGGACCUAGGCUUUCGGGUGGAGGAUAUACGUCCAGACUUGCCUGUGCAGCUGUGGUAUGGAAAACAUGAUGUAGCCGUGCCGCUUAACCACGGGAUACAGAUUGCGGCGCGGCUAGGCGGUAGAGCGGCUCUUAGAAUCGAGGACGAGACUCACUUGAGUAUUUGGGCAAACUGCAGCGAACAGGUGUUGAAAGAGUUGGUUAGGUGCUUGUGA